GGCAGAGGGGAAAGGGGAAGGGAAAGGGAUGGGGGCAAGAGAACAGGGACUGCAUCAGGACGAUGCAGAUGAAGAUGAUGAGAAUGUGAAGCAGCUUCAACAAUGCUCUUCUCUCUACUUGUUAUUGCAGGAUUGUCUUGUUAAAACCGACAGAAAUUGGAGAUCUUGCCAGAAGGAAGUUCAAGCUCUGAAGGCAUGCAAUGACAGGAGGAAGAAAGACAAAAGCACAUGAAAAAAUUCCGUGAUCUAGAAGCCGAGUCACUGACUAUAUUUUGAAUCUGGGAUUAUCCCUUGGUUUUGUUUCUAAUUUAGCUGAGAAAUUUAAAAUAAUAGCACUGACCAUGAUCUGAAUAUCGUCUCAUUGUCUCUCUUGAUAUGCUUCUCCAGGUUCAUGUGAUGAAAUUUUACUGUUUCAUUGAUUACAAUUCUUCUCAAUCUUGUGGAAUAAACAAAAAGCACUUGUGGAAUGAACCUUGGAUAUUGAUUAUAUUGAAGAACUAUUAACUUCCCAA